UUCAUAUAUGAGUUACGCUUUGCAAAAUGUAACUUCAAACUUGAAUGUCUAAAUUUGAACGUCAUUCAAGUUGAAUUUCAAAAUUCCAAAAACAUUUGAAAUAUUGUAUAUGUUGUUGGGUUUACAAACCUCCAAAACAACCACCAAAUUGAAUUUCUUCAAAAACACUUGCAGAAAUGGCUUCCAAAUCUCUAAAACCUCCAAAACAACCACCAAAAAACCCUAAAAAACAAUGGUCCCUCAACGAUUUCGAGAUCGGAAAACCCCUCGGAAAAGGCAAAUUCGGCCGUGUAUACCUCGCCCGCGAAGUUAAGAGUGGAUUUAUAGUGGCGUUGAAGGUGAUAUUCAAGGAGCAAAUAGAGAAAUACAGGUUGCAUCAUCAGCUUAAGAGGGAAAUGGAGAUUCAAACAAGUCUUCGUCAUCCCAAUGUACUGAGGCUAUAUGGUUGGUUUCACGAUGAGGAGCGGAUUUACUUGAUUUUGGAGUAUGCUCAUGGCGGUGAGCUGUAUAGGGAGCUAAGGAAGACCGGUCGCCUGUCUGAGAAACAAGCUGCCAUAUAUAUUGCAAGUCUCACACAAGCACUGGCGUACUGUCAUGAGAAGCAUGUUAUUCACAGGGACAUAAAGCCGGAAAACCUGUUACUUGAUCAUGAGGGUCGCUUAAAGAUUGCAGACUUUGGGUGGUCUGUACAAUCUAGAAGCAAGAGACAUACAAUGUGCGGAACUCUGGACUAUCUGGCACCAGAAAUGGUGGAGAACAAAGCUCAUGAUUAUGCAGUUGACAAUUGGACCCUGGGGAUCCUUUGCUAUGAAUUUUUAUAUGGUGUUCCUCCAUUUGAGGCCGAGAGACAGACUGACACAUUCAGAAGAAUUAUGAAGGUAGACCUCAGCUUCCCUUCAACACCUGAUGUAUCUGCUGAAGCUAAGGAUCUCAUUAGCCAGCUUCUUGUGAAGGACUCUUCUAAAAGGCUCUCUCUUCAAAAGAUCAUGGAGCACCCUUGGGUAAUUAAGAAUGUCACAUCACAUGACACUAUAAUCUGAGUCUCCUCACCAAUUUGCAUCGGUUAGUUAAAGCCCUGUUUGUUGUUUCAACUCUUUUUCCUAUGACAUAAUAUGAGAUGCAAUCAUCUUGAUUUCAAUAGUUUGUAUCAGAUGGAAGUGACAUUGAUAUAGUUUCCUAUAAAUAUUUGUGUAUCAUUUA